CAGACAUGGCUACAAUCAGGACCCGAAAAUUCAUCACAAACCGUAUCCUGAACAGAAGGCAGAUGGUAGUUGACAUCAUACACCCUGGUAAGGCGAACCUCAGCAAAGAGGAGCUGAAAGAGAAGCUUGCCACCAUGUACAGAACGACCGCUGACGUGGUCAUGCCUUUCGGCUUCAGAACCGACUUCGGUGGCGGUCGAUCCACUGGAUUUGCUCUUAUCUACGAUAACGCAGAUUCCAUGAACAAGAUCGAGCCAACUUAUAGGUUAGCAAGGUUCCAGCCUAAGAAAGAUAAGACCGGAGGUAGAAGACAGAGGAAGGAAUUGAAGAACCGAAAGAAGAAGGUGUCUGGAAAGAAGAAGACCGAAUUAGGAUCCUGUAAACGAAACAAAGCUUAACUUUUAUCAAUGAUUUAGCGGUUUUUAUUUAUUGA